AUGAAGAAGAUCUUCAAGGGUCAUUUGCCCUGGGGCUUCCUGGGCUUUAGAAAUGCCAAUGCUGAGAACCAGGAAUGGCACAGGUACCUCACAGGCUACAUACCUGUGAAAAAGAUACACAAAGCUGCAAGCAUGGGAGACAUAACCCAAGUGCAGAGGAUGCUCGAAUUUGGGGAUGUGGACGUGAACGUUACAGACCGGAAGAAAAGGACUGCUCUGCACUACGCCUGCGCUCACGGCCAGGCUGAAAUGGCGACCCUCUUGCUAUGGUAUGAAUGCAACAUUGAAGCCCGAGACAGCGACGAAAGUACAGCUCUGAUCAAGGCAGCACAGCGCCAGCACGAGGAAUGUGUAAAGGUUCUCCUGGAAAAUGGUGCUGACACAAAUGCCAUUGAUGCAAAUCAAAACACGGCUCUCCACUAUGCGGUCUACAACAACAGCACCUCCAUAGCUGCCAAACUUCUGGAGUUCAGAGCAGACACUGAAAUUAAGGCAAAGAACGGCUACACACCGCUUAUACUGGCAGUGUUGGAAAACAAACUGGAGAUGGUGGAGCUGUUGUUACGGGCCGCGGCCAAUAUAAACGCCCUGGAUAACUACAAGAGGUCUGCCCUCAUACAUGCUGUGAGAGCUCAGUCUAAAGACAUGAUCAGCUUUCUUCUCCAGCAGGGUGCAGAUGUGUCUUUGGUGGAUAUCUACGGAGCAACUGCACAGAGUUACACUGUUUUUGAAACCUUUCAAGUGCUUUCCAAAGGCCCCAGUUCUACAACAAGAGAGGACAGAUAUAAUUCUGAUGCCAAGGAAGACUGCUUAUCCUGUGCACACUCCACCCAGGACGGGGAAAGGAUGGCACAAUCGCCAGCGAGGGAAGAGGGCGACAGAGGCGCAGCCGACAAGCUGGGGAGCCUCGCCCCCACACCUAGAACUUCCAAGCCCACAAUAGAAGAAGAUGAAAAUAGCGUCGGCUCCAAGUCUCCAGUGGUCCCAUCACCCCUGCUCACUGAAUCCAGCCUCUGGAUUGGGUAUCCAAAAGAUUGGCCUGAACCCAUGAAGUUCUCCAGGCAACCAACAGUCUACAACCCAAUCGAAUGGAGGGAAGACAUGAAAUCCCGGUCAGUUUCUUUGGAGAAAAACACACAUCCCGUGGUAUUCUUUACAGGAAAUGAGGCAAACGUACAGACAUACAAGCAGCCAGCCAGGGUUUUCGAGGAACCUGAUACUAAUGAUUCCGAUCCUACAGAAGAGGAGGAUGCUAAGGACAAGGAUAAGCUGGAGAAACAUUCCUUGGCACAGAGAGCGUCCCAGCAUCAAGUCAAGCAGAGGGACUCCCCACCUUUACAACUCCAAGAGCAAGACCAGGAGCCAGAGGGGAGCACGGCUUCUGAUGGAGAAGAUGGGUAUUCAAGAUCUGCCAAGCAGCAAGUGCUCAAGGGAGUGUUACUAGAAGGAGACAGAUUGAAAGGUGAAGAUACUGUACAGCUUGCCACAAAUAAGCUAGGCCAGAAGGUCGGUGAGAUCUGUGAAGCUGUCAAAAUUACUGUUCACCAUGAGGAAGAGCGACCACAGGAUGACUCUACAGGAAAAACAUCCCUGAAGUCGGCCACCCCUAAACUGGCCUGGGAUAUGCUUGGCUGUGAGGACAGAGACACCGCUGCUGCACUGGCCGCUGUAACACUGCAGACCUAUCCCAGACAGAAGGAAGGUGGCCUUAGAAACAUCUUUCCGUCUCCCUCUUUCUCUCAGGCCUUGGAACACAGUGGCCAGUCAGUUACUAAAUCUCCCUUAAUGAAACAUAAAUUAGACUAUGAAAGUAACAAGUCCGAAAUAGAAGAAUCCCUUCAUAAAAGCGAGGAGAAAUCUUCUAAAACUACAGAAGGUGGAAAGAGUAGAGGCCAAUGCCCAGAAGUAUGUGUGGCCAGAACGCAAGACGGCUGUGCAUUCAAGAGCCAGUUUCAAAAAACUCUGAGACCAAAACGCAUGGCCUGGCAGUUGGAUAGCAGACACAUGUCGAAAUCCAGUGACUCCAAAAGGCUUCCAGAAUCCACAGAAAGGAGUCACACGAGCGAAUUUAACAGUUGGAGUGAUUCUACCCUUCUCGACACUCACAAGAAAAGUAAAGGCACACCAGACCUGACCCAGAAGCCCCGGGCGCAAACGGUGAGAACCGCCAGUGCCGCGCCGCCUGGUGGCAGGACCGCAAGCGCUUUGGCGGAUGAAGAUAGUCAGGACAGGCUGUCCAACAGUGAGUUCCAAAUAUUAGAGGAAGAAAUCCUGGCCUGGGAGAAAGUAAACCUUGAAAACCAGAGUGUCUCUGAGAAUCUACCAAACAAGUGUGAGGGGAUCUCUUCUGAUGCCACGGGUCAAAGGGGGAACUAUCUAGAAAAUGAGCACACAAGAGCAGAGUCGGACUCCGAGGUGACAACCCAGUCAGAACAAAAGAGUCUUGAUGACACUGAAAAUACCCAGCUGCAACAUAAAGUCCUCUCAAAGACAUGCCCCCAAACACAAAACACAUCUGCAGAUCCAGCCAGGCCAACCCACCCUCAGUAUCAGAAGGAAAGCACACAAAACCAUCCUCCCACUUUGCAUCUGGAGAAAAUGUCUGAAGAGCCCGAAAUAAACAAGAAAUCUGAUGGAGAGUGUGUGCCUGUCCAUCCGGAAGUUCCUGCAGGGAAAGCCCGUGAGAAAGCGUCCAUCACUCGAGACCUAACAGGGAAUAAUGGAGAGCCAGACAAACACAGCUGUGAGUUACAGCACACAGCUAGGGAUGUGUUUGGAAACAUCUGUCCUGACAAAGAACCACUUCCGGGUAGCUGUAGGGGAAGAACUCAGUUCCAGGUUGAAGAAAUGAGCAAGGAGCGGCCGAGUCUGGAAUUGGAAGUCUCAGAGACUCUGUGUCUUAUGGUCACUGACUGUAGAGACGAUGGGUUGAUGGUCAGAAGGAAAGGCGGAAGGACCGAGAAGCUGCUUCCUACUGAAGAGAAAGAUGAGCUUGCUAAGAGUGUUUCUGACUUGUGUAUGAAAGAAAUAAAGAAAACUAGAAGGGAAACACGGACCCCCAGACAACCCGCGAUCACACCAGUAUUUGAAAAGUCCCUUCCAGAAGCUGCUGGCCUGCUGCUGGCGAAGGAAGGCCACCAUCUGAGUGAAAUGGGCCGGGAUGAAGGAAGGCUGACAAAGAGACAAGCUAAAGAGAAGCACAAGGCUGCCAAAAAGGGUAACCCAGGGAGUCGCUCCUCCCUGGAGGCCGUGGAGACUGAUGCUGAGGAAGGAAGAGAUAUGAUCGCUGCAGAUUUGCAGGUCCUGGUAGUUUCAGUUCAAGGCACAUCCCAGUGUCUGUAUCUGGUCACCCUAGGACGUCCACUGCAGCAUCCCAGUGUCUGCAUCUGGUCACCCCAGGACGUCCACUACAACAUCCGCUUUUCUGCAUCUGAUCACCCUAGGACGUCCACUAUAGCAUCCCAGUGUCUGCAUCUGGUCACCCUAGGACGUCCACUGCAGCCCCAGUGUCUGCAUCUGGUCACCCUAGGACGUCCACUGCAGUAUCCCCUUUUCUGCAUCUGGUCACCCCAGGACGUCCACUGCAGUAUCCCAGCCCACUGCGCAAGGAUGAGCAAUGGAGGGGUGCUACAAACCAGGGUACAGAGGAACAAGCUGAACAGGGAGACCCAAAUGGAAACCCAAGUAAAUCAAGUUAAUGAAAUGAAAGAAGUCAACAGCCGAAGUCAGCCUUCUGCGACAGCCGCAGGAAAUGCAACAGCCGCAGGAAAUGACUCUAGCAGCCUGCUGAAACUCUGGGAUAUGAUUCAUUCGUAUGAAAGACUGAUGGAGCUUAAGAACAGCCACUGUGAACUGCUUACAAGAAAACUUGAGAACAUGGAAAACAGGGCUAGCGGAGUGCAGAGAGAACAAACGGAAACAAAAUCCUGGUUACCGCAUAGAGGAGGAGAAUGGGAAGACCUCUGCACUUUGAGGUUCCCCUUGAAACCAGGUGAGAAGCUAGAACAUGCUGCGUCCAUGUUUCAACAAGAGAAGAUGCAGUUGAGCAGAAGAGAGGAGCAAUACAGUGAAGAUGUGGAACAGGCCCAACAGCCAGAAAUCGGGAAAAUGAUUGCAGACGCAAAGGCCAUAGAAAACGAUUUGAGACAGUUGCAGGGACUACAGAAUCAACUCUCAGAGACAGCACAGAGUUCUGGGAAGACGCAAGCCAGCUUACAAAGGCUUGAAAUUCGACUUUCCAAGUUAAAAAUUACACUGAGGGAGCAAUCAGCAAAGCUUGAACAGAUUCAGAAUCAACUGCUGCACGAAGGUUUGCUUGGAGAUGAAACAAAGAAGCUCGUUCAGCAGACACAAUCUCUAGAAUGUGCUCUGGAAAAACAGAUGUAUAAAAGUGAGGAAUUGAUGAUAGAGCUAACUGGAUUUAAGAAACUCUUUGAGGAGACAAAAAAGAAGCUAAAUAAGCAUGAAGGCAGAGAACUCAGUGGUCCUGGAGAUUUAAACACCAGCCAAUUUGAUAUGCAUAUCCCAAUUAGUACACUAAGGCAUGAGCUCUACAAGCUGAGAGAAACUUGGGAAACUACAUAUUACAAGUAUCUACACACGGUUGUAAAGCUUCAGUUCAUGGAGCAGGAGCUAGCAGCGAUAAAAACAGAACAAAAGAAGUGCGGACGCCUCCUCGAGAACCACAAGAACUUAGAAGAAGAAGUUCUUCACUGCAGAAGCUUGAUGCAGGAGCACGCGAUCCAAGCAAGAGAUCAAAACAAAACUAAGGAUUUAAGAGAUGCGGAUGAAGUGGUCACAAUAGGUGAGAUGGAACUCAGAAUUAAGACCCUGGAAUCUCAGCUGGAAUCCACGAGGGGAGCUCAGCGCAGUCUCCGGGAAGGAGACUCCGAGCGAGCACCACCGAGCACUGCUGUGCUGGAGAGCUUGCCUUGCCAGGACACAGCCCCUGCUAAGAGAGCUGGGCGAGCAAGCCAGCCGAGUCCGCGGAAAUAG